UAUGAAAGAAAAUCCUGAAAUAAUAGCUAAUAAUAACUUUCUUAGUAAUAAUAAUUAACUAAGAAUUACAGCUGUAUACGAAUCCACAGACGCAAUGUUAACGCAAAUCACAUGCGGUUAUCGCGGCAUUUAGGCCCCGCGCACACGGGCAACUGUUGCCGGCGACUUUUUUGUCGCGGCCAUGGCCUAGUAUGAAAGUGCGCACACGGGGCGACGCAACUUUUCACACAAAUACGAAAGUCGCCGAGCAACUUUGUUGCCCGUGUGCGCGCACCCUUAGAGAGGCUAUUACGUUACUUGUCAGUUUUGGCGCUGUCACUCUGUCAUGUCAUCUGUCAGUUGCAUGCACUGCACUGGUAAAAAUUGGUAUUGUUUUGUUUUGCCGGCGAAAGCGUGGUUAUUUCGUGUUUUAUUUGUUUGUGUAUUUUCUAUUUGUUUGACAAAUAAUUAUUGGAAAGCGAGGGCUUUAAGCACGAUGGAGGGAACAGCGCGUGUGAAACAGGAAGCCGAGUGGACUCUUGAAGUGACGGUGAAGGUGGAAGCAGACACUGCAGAGGAAGAGGAGUGUGCGGACGACGUGGCCGGGUGCGGAGUGAGCGCGGCGGCCCUGCUGGCCGGGCUGUACGCGGGCCACGAGGUGAAGGACGAGCUGGUGCUGGGCCCGGAGCACCCGCACCGCCCCGUACUCGCCCCGGUGCCGAGAGACACCGCCGGCUGGCACGCCACUCCGCCACACGCAGACUCGGACACUGAACAAGCAGUACACCAGACUCCUGACUACGACAGAGAGCCGGUGUGCGACCUGUGCGGACACCGCUUCCACUCCAAGACUGAGUUGCUGCGCCACGUGGCGGUGCACAUCCAUGUGCCCAUGAGCAUGGAGUGGGCGGCGGCGGCGGGCAGGCCCGAGGUGGCAGUCCAUGCGCCCGCUGCUGUCUCCGCUGCGGCGGGGCGGGGGCGGCCUCCCCGGGACAAACACGCGCGCGCUCACCCCACCACACCACCCUCCACGCGUUCCACCCGAGCAGACACACACUCCCGACCGACGACACGCGACUGUACAACAUCUAGCGAUAGACUCUUCGAGUGUAACGAUUGUGGGUACAAGUGCACGCAGAAAUCGACAUUAUUGACUCACAUGAUGAUUCACACUGGCGAGAAACCGUUCAAGUGUAAGCACUGUCACUACAGGACCCGGCAGCGAGAGUCCCUGCGAACUCACGAGAUGAGACACACCGAUGAAACCGUGUUUAAAUGUAACGACUGCGAGUACGCGUGCAUGAGCAAGGCGUACUUAAUAGAUCACCUGAGGAAACACACCGGCGACAAACCGUUCAGGUGUCAGCACUGUAACUAUAGAACCCAUCGUGCGGCUGGCUUAAGCGAUCACGUGAAGACACACGCUGAGGAAAAGCCGUUCGACUGUAGUGUCUGUGGCUACAAGUGCAAAACCAAGAAAAGCCUCCAGCGUCAUCAAACGACGCACUCCGACCUGAAGCCGUUCCGGUGUCGUUAUUGCGAAUACAAGUGCCGGCGGAAGAGGUACCUGCGCUUCCACGAGAUGAAGCACACUAGGGAGAAGACAGCUCAGUGUAGAUAUUGUGAAUACAAGUGCAUACAUGAAAUAACUUUAAGAAGUCACGAGAAGAGCCACGCUGAGAACAAAUUUUUUCAGUGUAGAUAUUGUAAAUGCAAAUGCGAGAAUGUUGUAGAGUUACGUAAUCAUAUGAUGACCCAUUACAAGGAAAGGCCUUUGAAGUGUAAUUAUUGCGAGUACCGGUGCAGGUGGAAAUCAUAUCUACGAGAUCACGAGAUGACUCACACUGGGGAAAAGCCUUUUCAGUGCAGUUUUUGUGGGUUCUGGUGCAGGCAGAGAUCAAGUCUACGAGACCACGAGAUGAAACACACUGGAGAAAAGCCUUUUCAGUGCCGUUUCUGUGUGUACAAGUGCAAGCGGAAAAAUAUUUUACGAAAUCACGAGAUGACUCACACGGGGGAUAAACCUUGGAAGUGUAGUUCCUGCGAGUACAGAUGCAGGCAGAAAGAAAGCUUGAAGAGACACGAAGCUACACACUUGUGAAAAGUCUUGGUGUGGACGUACGGGCCCUCUGGGGCUGUUUCAUGUUUAGUUAUACCCAAAUUGCCAACAGAAAUUGUGAUAACAGCAUCGUUAUUAAUUAUUACAUAUAUAUUAUUUUGUAAACUUUUUUAUGUAUUUAUAUUGUAAAAACAGGUAAGCUACAAAAAUAUGGUAAGAUAUUCUAAUAAAACAUGAAACAUCUUG